CCCCCCUGUCUGCCGGGGAGAUGGUACGACCGGCAGCAUAAAGUGAACACUCGGUAACUUCGGCCGUCAGCCAACCAACAACAACAACCGAGAGACGGGACGACGCUGAACCCACCGAGUCGCACCGAGUCGCACCGAAACACCGAAACACCGCUGAAAACAUGGAGUGGACCGCCAUGGAGAUCAACCCCGAGAUGCUGAACAAGAUGAUGUGCAAGCUGGGCGUGGGGGACAGCUGGCGCUUCGUGGAUGUGCUGGGGCUGGAGGGUGAGCAGCUCUCCGCCGUGCCGACACCGUGCUGCGGCCUGAUGCUGCUCUUCCCACUGACACAACAGCACGAGUCUUUCAGACAGCAGCAGGCAGACAAGGUUGCCGAAGACUCCAAGGUUUAUUUUCUGAAGCAGACCAUCGUCAAUUCCUGUGGCACCAUCGCCCUGCUGCACGCUGCGGCCAACAACAAGAGCAAAUUGACUUUUGAUACUGACUCUGCCCUGAAGAAAUUCCUGGAUGAGACUGCAAACAUGUCUGCUGAUGACCGUGCCAAAAAUCUAGAGAAUAACAAGGCAAUCAGUGAGGCUCACAAUGAGGUUGCAGUGCAGGGCCAGUGCAGGCCGGAAGCCGACAAAGUGAACUUCCACUUCAUUGCCUUUGCCAAUGUAAAUGGACAGCUUUAUGAAUUUGAUGGGAGGAUGAACGGACCAGUGAGCCACGGAGCCACCAAAGAUGAAUCCUUCAUCACGGAUGCAGCCAAAGUGUGCCGUGGCUUCAUGGAGAGAGAGAAAGGUGAAGUCCGUUUCUCUGCCGUGGCUCUCUGUCACAGUUAGAUAUUGCGUCGGAAAAACGGAACCGACUUGUCAACCAAAAUGUCUUUAAGUGUUCACGAGGCAAACACAAUCAGCAGGCACCCAGGAUGUCCUGCGCACACACACACACAAACACACACACACACACACACAUCUGCAGACACUAUGCACUAUAAAGCACAUGUUGUUUCCACAUACUGUACUCUCAUGUCAUGAACAAAGCGUUCCUCAGCAUUAGCACAUGAACACCACAUACACAGACACAAUCAAAACCCUUUUGUUCUGCGACCACUAACCGAUACAAGCUGGUCAAAGCCUAUUUAGGUGAUUUAAUUUAGCAAUGAAGAUUGUUCAACUUGAGGUCACUGCUUGUCUGUUUGCGUGUGUAUUUAUCUUUUUUUUUUUUUUGCAGUGUAAUAAUUGGUACAUCUGUGUCAAACUUGAGAGACUGAUACCGUUUGUGCCAAUAACAGUGAGAAGGGAAAGGCAGAAAACUUGAUAGGGGGAAAUGUUUGUCUGAAUGCGUUCAGUUGUUUGAGUUGAUUAAGGAUCAGACAUUCCUCCGAAGAGCCCAAAUGGAUCCACGGGAAUAAAUUAACCAUUGUUCAGGACAUGCGUGCAGCCUUUUGCGUCAUGUUCUUGGGUGGCUGACUGACAUUUCUCCAAAACACUGUUCCCUUUGAGAAGUUAAAGUGGUCGAUUACAGACGUUUUCUGUAUUUAGGACUCCACCAUUUUCAGUGCUUGGUUAGUUCAAUUGAAUUAUAUUUGCACUUUAUUUGAAAAUGUCUUUUUAAGUUAACAAUUGACAAAUGUUCAAAAACAACCGAAUGCACUAUCACUGUGCAAGUUUACCCAGAAAUAAAACCCCAGAAUGAAGUGUUUCUGUAUGUCGGUUUGUUGCCGAGCAGUACAAGGAGAUUAGUUCUGUAUGUCUAGGCUGUGUUUAAAAAUUGUUUACCUUUCUGCACUUUCCAAAAUACUAUGUUGCUGUAGUUCUGCUGGUGAUGCAGCUGUGGAAAUUCAAUAAAGCAACCGUUAAACUUA